AUGGCUUUGGCAGAAAAGAAGGCGCUGAUUGUGUAUGCCCACCAGAGCCGCGGCUCUUUCAACGCUGCUGCCAAAGACAUUGCUGUGGAUGUUCUCACCGCUACGGGCUGCACGGUGACUGUGUCCGACCUCUAUGCUAUGAAGUUUAAAGCCACUGCUACAGCUGAGGACAUCAUUACUGAGGGUGAGGUCAAGCAAGCUGAGCAUUUCCGUUAUGCCGAGGAGACCAAAGUGGCGUGGGAGGAAGGAAAACUGUCCGCCGACAUCACUGACCAGCAACGUAAACUCUCGGAGGCCGAUCUUAUCAUCUUCCAGGACAAGAGAGCUGUGCUCUCUUUCACUACUGGCUCUCAGGAGUCCAUGUUCAGUGCUAAUGGCAUCAAUGGUGACAUGAAUGUAACACUCUGGCCAAUUCAGAAUGGCAUCCUGCACUACUGUGGCUUCAAAGUUCUGGCACCUCAAAUCUUCUGGGCUCCAUCCCAUGUGCCCCAAGAGGCCCGCGCCACCAUGCUCCAGGCCUGGCGCAGCCGCCUUGAGGGUCUCUUGGAAGAGACCCCGCUGUGUUUCACACCCAUGGACUGCUUUGACGGAGAGGGCUUCCAGCUGAAGCCAGAGGUCCAGGAGAAGCACGCCGGCAAGAAGUUUGGGCUCACUGUGGGCACCCACAUGGGACUGGCUGUACCACCUGACAACCAGAUGAGGGCUGGUGUCUGA